AUGGCCUCUAUUGGACAAAAGCUGAGCUCCGCAGUGCCACAUAUCCACCAGCGAGAGCCCGACGUCGAGGCUGGGACUGGUGACGACGGUGUUAGAAUCGCUGCUUCAGCCCAGCCUACAGCGAUAGGCGCACCAAGAAAGCGCAAAGCUGCUACUGCACCCUCAACUACUACAAAGGACGAAAAUAACCUGCCCCUCGCCCGGUCCAUCAGCGCACCUCAUCCAACCCGCGAGUCUACAUUCAGGAGCUUUGGACUCGGAAAAGACACUUCAAAACUCCACCCUCCACCACUCGGACAAUGUUUGAUGAAUAUCGUCAAGUAUUCGUGGCUCAAUCUCCUCUUACUCUGUGUCCCAGUCUCAUGGGCCCUUGAUCUCUCCCACAAAGCGAGCGAUACAAUCGUCUUUGUAUUUUCCCUGAUCGCUAUUAUACCCCUUGCCGGUCUCCUCGGCUUUGCCACCGAGGAGCUCGCCCUUCGAGUAGGACCUACACUUGGAGGUCUCUUCAACGCUACGGCAAGUUUUGGAAACGCCGUCGAAUUGAUCAUCUCCAUUAUCGCCCUCAGGCAGAAUAAACUCCGGAUCGUCCAGGCAAGCUUGUUAGGCUCAUUCCUCUCGAACUGCCUCCUUGUGCUUGGAAUGUGCUUCUUUGCUGGUGGCCUCCGGUUCCACGAACAAUCCUAUGGAGUUCAAAUUGCACAGCAACAAAUUUCCUUGCUCUCCCUCUCCGUCUUUUCUGUCGUCGUUCCGGCUGCGUUUCUUCGCUCUGGUACAGACGUGGACACGGCCGGAGUCUUGGCCAUCUCGAGAGCCACAUCGAUUGUUUUACUCAUCUGCUACGCAGCCUAUCUCGUCUUUCAGCUCUUCACGCACAAGUAUCUCUACACAAUUCAAGCCUCGAAAUUGAACUCGGCCGUCGUUUACCAUGAAGGUGUCGCACCGGAGAAAAAGAGCAACGUAUUCAGCUUUGGCGCACGCAAGAUGAUUGCCGGCAAACUACAUGGAACCAGUAGCGAUGGGAAAUCAUCGGACAACAACCAUGUUAACUCGUCCAAUGAGCGGAAUCUCACUGAACAAAAGACCACGGCCUCGCCUGCAAUGGAGACAAAACCACUCCCACCUACUACAGACAAGAAGAAUGACGACCCUUCUCCAGUGGCAAACGGUAGGUCUUCCGUCACUCAUCAGGUGGAAGAAGAAGAGGAUGAGGAAGAAGAGCAACCACAGCUCACGUACCCGCUCGCCAUCGCCUUGUUGGUCAUUGUAACGGUUGUGACUGGAGUCACUGCAGAGUUUUUGGUAUCGAGCAUUGACGGCAUGACUGCAAAGAGUCAUAUAAAUCCCGAGUUUACGGCCUUGAUCUUGCUUGCAAUCGUCGGUAAUGCAGCAGAACACGUCACAGCAGUCACCGUGUCGGUGAAGAACAAGCUAGAUUUGGCCAUGGGUGUAGCCAUCGGUUCGAGUAUUCAGAUAUUCCUAUUCGUUCUCCCUUUCCUGGUCGUUCUUGCCUGGGGUAUGGAUAAACCCCUGACUCUUGCCUUUGACGUGUUCGAGACGAUCAUCGUGACACUCGCCGUUAUCGUCGUUGCUUAUGCCAUUGGAGACGGAAAGACUAAUUGGCUGGAAGGCUUCGUUCUCAUCAUUCUUUAUGUAAUCAUUGCGAUAGCAGCCUGGUUCCACAAAGGAGAAGGCCUCGAAUGA